AUGCUCAAGAUCUUUAGGCAUUGUCUGGCUGUUGCCGUGGUGGUUGCUCCUGUUAUGGCUAUGGCUGAGAGUGGUGUCAAGGAUAUUAUGAACGGAGUCAAGUCAAUACCUGAGAGUACCAUGGAGGCAGUUGAUAUGUCGAUCGGUUUUCUCGAGAAGACAUUGGAUGACGAGACGGUGACGGGAGUAGGCACACAAUCCAGUAUUUCAACACUGGAGGAGAGAAUGUUCGAGGACCUGGCUGCACUGGAAGGGGCGGACCUGAGACGCCUUGAUUCGUUUUUGCGGAACAAGGAAGCGGACAAAAUUCUCGGCAACCUCUACAGGAUCACAACCAACCAAGGACACGUCAAAUGGGUCUGCUUUGAUCACUACAAGGAAACCUAUCGACGCACCGCGCUGACGUCGUUUUCCCAGUCUAUUGAGGCAGCCGGCGGCGUCUACGACCCUCACUUCCGCAAAAUCUCCAUUAGCCUGACGUCCAGCACAACAGCCAAGGAUUUUUUCCGCCGUCUUGUUAACCAAGCGCCCGCGAUCGAUGUGCUCGAUGUCUCCCUCGACUGGAAGUUUGGCUCUGCCGAUCUGGUCAUGAUUGUGGAUAUGCCUCAUCGCACCAACGUCAAGAUCUUCAACUUGGACUUCAGGGACCUGGCUGCCAACACAGCCAUCGCAUCAUUACGACCUGGCAAAGGACGCUAUCAUUCUCUUCUCGGCCUCUUAUCCAACACCAAGCUUCAGGGGCUGUGCUACACCAACCUCCUCUUAUUGUCAGCACGAACCUCGGACCUUCCUUCUAGCCACAGCCCCUCUCUCCUGCAGAGCUUUCGCUUCCUCCAGGAGGUCGCCGCAGAGGAUAAUGCCCGACUGACAAACAUCCUCCACCACUGCCCCGGACUUGCGGAUGUCCGUCUCGACUCGACUAAAGUCUCGAACAAGAUGGAUUCCUCGUUGCAACGCGGCCUUUGCUCCUUAAAGAAGCUGCAAUCUCUGCACCUCUACAAUGUGGACCAACAAGACCGUGGCGUCGAAGAGGACAACUACUUUUCCUCCUCCUAUACUAUGAGGGACCUGUACUUCAAUGGAAACCACCCAUUGUCUUCCAACUUGAUCCACGUCGACCCUUCUGCCGGGAUGUCUGCGGAAUCGAUCAACCACCUCGCAUCUAUUCUACCAGAGCUGAACCUUGUUCAUUUUGGCACCGGAUGCUUUGCCAAGGGCCUCCUCAAGCACGUCAACAUCAGUUCAUUGAAGUCUUUGUCAGUCCUCUUAGAGCAUAGGGACGAUCCGCAGGCUCUCAUCGACUACUUGCUUCCAAGAAAAGAUGUGUGCCAGAUCGACUCUUCGAUGCUGCGGUCCAAUGAAAGCCCGGUGUUCCAGUUAGGCGGUCUCCUUAAUCACUUCCCUCUGAAGCGUCUGUUCUUGAGCUUUAUCAGCAAACAAAGACUAGAGACGUUACUGGCGUCUCUAAACGUUUCAAGGCUCCAGUUGCUUUCUAUUUACUACGUGUGGUAUUGCUGGACGACCGAGAGAAUUGUGGCGGAGAGAAUGGAGGAGCUUCCGGCAGAUCUGACUGUUGAACUGGGAUACUAUACAGAAUGGGUCAUGAAGAAGUGUAUCAGCAUUGUGGGCCCGUACUUUAGCGAGAAUGAGUAUGGAGAACCUACUUUGCAGAAGGAGAUCCAUCGGCAGUUGGUGAUAGCGAAUCCUGGACUCAGGCCGUUGACGUGGUCUGGUCCGAGCCCCAGGACGACUCUGGAGACGGAUGACUUUUCGCAGCUCAGGAGUCUUAAGCACUUGCGGUUGGCUGAAUGGGGUGUUACUGGAGGGAGGCUGGGGAGGGUGUUGAGGGCUUUUGCGGGAACGUUGGAGGCUCUGGAACUCGCGCAGUGUCCCAAGAUUCGAGGCCUGUGCCCCAAGAACUACUCUCUGCGGGACCAGCUAUCCGUCGAGAUUAUCGAGAGCUGUUCCAUGGCAGGAUUGAUCAGUUUCGGCUUGUCAGGACUUGGGGCUACGGGCGCGAUCGUGACGGCGAUCAUGACGCGGGCGAGGAUACUGGAGAGGUUGAAGAUUUUCCACCAACCCGAGUGA